GACCUGCUUGAAGUGUGUAGAAAAUGGAGGAAGAAUGUGACAGCCUAUAUAUUGUUUACACCAGAUGUAACAACAGCUCUGAAAGUCCUGGUGGAGACUAGAAGUAGUCCACUGGUAUCAGUUCCAAGAGAAAAUCCAUGUUCUCCAGAUUAAACGCACUUACACCAUUAUCUGGCGGUCAAGCUUUGUGUGAAUUAGUUCAAAAAUGCCCAGGAUUGCAGAGGCCUGAAAGGAUAACAACAAAUUCAUUGAGAAAGUACAUUGCUACAGUGUCACAGAUACUCGACAUGACCGAUAGUGAACUGAAACUGCUUGCAAGGCAUUUGGGACAUGAUGUGAAGACCCACAAGGAAUACUACCAAUUGUCUUCCAGUACCAUGGAGCUUUCAAAGGUUGCCCUGAUGAUGUAUGCUGUCGAAAAUGGUAAAGUCAAUGAAUGGAAGUGAAAGCAGAUGAAGGACAUAGUAAUUGAAGAGAUGCCUUUACCAAACCCAGAAGAAGAUGGACCUGGAGAAGGCGUGGAUGAGGCUACUGUUGAAGACAGCCACAGUCCAGAAUCCCUAGAACAUGAGUCUGAGUCUCCCAAGUUACAGCAAGCCAGUCUGGAUUACCACUGUGCUGAUUUGAAGUCUAGGAGUUUCAGCACAAUACCGCUGCAGUCCAUUGAGCCCAUUGAUGCUGAUGUAGAGAUGGAGCCAGUCGGUAGGAGACAUGGAUUCAGGCUGUCAAAUCCUCAAGUGUCUUAAGUUCGGUAAGCCACAACAUGAGUCUGAAACAGAAGAGUCUGAUGAUGAAGUUGCUGGAAAAGUGCAAAAAUCACAAAGACGCAUUUAUUCGGACGAUGACCAGGAACUCACUGUGUCUGCAGAUCCACCAGCUACAAGAAGAGGGAUGAAGAGAAGAUGGAACACUGAGGAAGAUUAUCUCUUCAUUGACUUCUUCAAAGAUGAAAUUACUCUUAAAAAAAUGCCCACUGGAGGGAAAAUACUCCAGGCACUAAAAAUACUCAAAGGCCAAACAGUGGCACAGAUUAGGACAAGAUCGAGUCAAUAAUAUCAUUAAGGAGAAACAAGAAAUCAAAGAGGUGCUGAACUCUAUAUGGAUAAUCUGUGGUAUUGUUAUUAUGUAUAAUUGUUGUCACCUUGACGUCGUAGGCAUCUGCGGCAUUGUCGUCGGCGGUGUCAUACCACAAAAAACUUUAAUAUUGGCCAUAACUUUUCUAUUUGUUGAAACUUUUUGUUCAUACUUACACACAACGUUCCAUAGCACAACCUCUUUCCAGUGAGGGUACGGUAGUGGUUUUUUCAGUAGGCAUGCUUUCUCUGCGCUCUGACUUUUUCUCAAUUUAAAUGUGUUUCUAAGGAAUUUUGUGGAAUAAAUUUAUGGAUACUUUGUAACGGAAACACAGGGUAAACCUUUAAACUACAAGAUGUGACCAAAAUGCUGUAGCAUAUUUCAUAAACUCUCGAAAACUUGAUUAUGUAAAACGUGCCCGCUAUAUGUAUGGGCGCCGCCAUUUUGUUUAUUUGAUUGUUUGAGUAAAUUUAAAGUGAACAAAUACAAUCUUGAGAAAUGGUAGAAAGAGACUCCGAUAGGAAAAUGGCAGACAAUAAUAAGGAAAAAGAGUGUGGAAACAAGAAUUCAAAAAAACAGGGUCGGAAAGCAGUCAGCGGUGCAAGUGACCUUGACUCAAGUAUGAGCACUCCUCCAAACAAAACGCGAACAAAACCAGGGAAAAAUACUGAGGAGGAUUUGACCUCAAUUCAAAAGCAGUUGUCAGAGAUAAAUACAAAAAUGUCUAACAUUUCAUGACAAAAAGCGACGGAAAUCUUCAAAAUAUGAUUCGAGAAAACAUCCAACAGAUGAAAGACGACCUAUUGAAAUCUGUCGAAAAAAAAAUCGACAUCCUAGAAAGUAAACUAUUCGUAAAAGAAAAGGAAAAUGACGAGCUAAAAACAGAGGUAAAAUAUUUACAAAAGAAAAUGAAACAAAAGGAUGAUGAAAAUCGUAAAAUUAAAAUUGAAAUGCAAAAUAUUGACAAUAACACCAUGGAGUAUUUAAACACUAGGGUCCCGUGAGAUAAUUCAGCCAUAGGAAAUGUCAGACAUUGAGGUGUAUACCGUGAACGGCUAGAUUAAACAGUCUCUGCAAACAAUGUUUGUGUGUAUAAAGUUUGAAGUAUGAAUAAAUAAAAACAACAUGAAUAUGUAUACUCAGUUUAAUAGCUAGUCUAAAAU